AUGGAUACAGAUUUAAUAGCCCGAAAGCAAGUAACUUUGGAGCAGUUGAAAGGUCUUCUAGACUACCUGAAUGAACAUCAAGACUUGGCUAAAGGGUUGACCAGGGGUCGCAGGGGGAAACUCCACUCCGUGAAGUUAUGGAAUGUUUGUGCCAAGAAACUUAAUGCUAUCGGGGAAGGUGCUGUGAAAGAUGGAAAAGGAUGGUCCAAGUAUUGGUGCGACUGGAAGUACAGAGUCCGCCGCCGCGCCCUGGAGCUGAAGGCGGCCCGGGACAGCAACAAGCCACCGCCUGAUGGAGUGGCCAGCCUCAGCCAGAUGGAGGAAACCAUCCUGGAGAUCAUCGGGGAAAGUGUGGUCUCUGGUGUGGUGAUCAAGAGCGACCCUUUAGCUGAAGGUGCUAGCUUUUCAGAUGAAGAAGAAUCGCAUAUGGCUGAUAAUAGCGAGGAAGCACCUAUAAAUUAUGGUGUUACAAAGCCCGGACGAGGUAAAAAGAGAAGGCAUUCAUCCCAAAAUAUCUCUGAAGCCGACGACGAGGUUGGCACCAGUAGGCCUCACUAUGAGAGCAAACAAAAGAAAUUGAAGACUGACAAUGAAUCUGACGAAGAUGAAAGUGCCUCGGAGUUGAUUCGCCUGGAAAGGGAAAAACUGGAAUAUACUAAACAAUUUCUCGAAACUACUCGAGAAAUAUCUAGCCACGUGGGAAAACUUGUGAGCGUAAUGACUAGAAUUAAAGAUUUUCUUCUAAUGAACCAUAGAGGGGAAUAG